AUGUUAUUCUUUUUUUAUUGGAUCCUCUACCUUGGAACCUCAGCCUUGAUCUGGACUACCGCCCAAGCUCGUCCACGAUCAUCUCAUGGUGUCAUAAAGCGUGAGCUAGGUCACUUUGAAGAACGCUACAUCAACACCCUGAACUACAAGCUACAUAACGAGACCGCUUCGAUUGAGCUCCGCGUCUACUUCCCGGUUGCUGGUGCGCUAAUCGAGCAUCAAGGAUCCAUGAUAGAAGCUAACGAGCUUGGUGAAUUCGAAAUCAAAGACGUCGAUAGCGAUUACGUAGUGCUUGGUCGGAAACAAUCAGGUCGCGUCCAAGGCGUCCAAGGCAACAUCAUCAAAGACGGCAUCAUCUACCUCGCAGACCAGGCCAUCCAACACACCAAAUCGGCAAUCCUUGACCACAACCACGAUCACUCUCACUCCAAGCGUAGCAGCGGCACCUGUAUUGAAAAUCAUGGAGGAGAGAAUUGCAGUGACGCGUACAAUAUUCAUGAAGGGCGGUGUCCGGAGAAUCACCAAGUGUGCAUGGAUUAUAAUGGGUAUUUCACGGAUUGCAAGAAGGAGAAUAAGUACUUAUAUUUUACCGGAAGUGAUUGCUAUGUUUCUCUUAGCAAAGGAAACUGCUGGAAUGAAAUUAUGUAG